UUUGUAAAGCGGGAACAACUAAUGCUGAACUGUUGGAUGACUGAAGAUUAAACAGAUUCUAUGAUCAUUUUCAUACCCACAAAUAUACAUAUACAUAUGUAUUUAGCUGGUUGAGUCAGCAUGUCAACGAUCCAGCCAUCUGAAUCCAACAAUCUAAACUCUCACCUCUCUGAACAUGCUGAGGUAGAUGAGAACAUUUCAGAUGCCUCUUCUGAUGUGCCUUCAGUUGUCACGGUGACCGAUCUUCUCAAAGUCCAUUCGUGGUUGGACAGACAGCUCUACGACUACAACAGUCAGAUAGUGGCAGCGGAAAUAGAUUCUGAAGAGACUGAUGACUUGGAGAAACUCCAAGAAAACCUGUCAGUACUACAGAAUGAUUUGGUGACAGAAGCUUCCAGAGCAUCAUUAAGAGAUCUGACGAUAAAAAGAUUACAGCUUGGCCAGACUUUAAACCAGAUUUUAACAAGUUCCCCUGAUAGUGGUGAAGAACCGGUCUAUCAGACAGACCCAGUGAAGAAAGAAGUUUUGGAGGAACUUCUGAUCAAACAACGAGAUCUUGUGUCUCAAACCGUUAAGAAAAGCGAGGUUGUGCAGGAGUUGAAAGACUCGUUAGCUAAUAUUAAAAAAGCUAAUUUUGAACUGAAAGUUAACAAUCGGAAGCUGAUGGCCAUAAUCAAAGAGAGGCAUUCAUCACUGCAGGAGCAAGCCAAGUCAUUCAGUAAGAAUGAGAAGGGACAAAACAUGAAGACUCAUCUGCAGAAGCUCGUGGACAAGAUAGUCAUUCAGCGACAGGUUCUGAAGGGUGUCAUUCUCGGGAGUGGGGUCAACUGGCAGCAGGAUCCCACGAUGAGAGAGCGAGUCAUCAGACUUGGCGAGCCCUUAGACAUCUAGGACAAGAACGGUGGUCGUUGGACUUGGCAAGCCUUUAUACAUAGGACAAGAAAUACAGUUAUCGGACUUAGCGAGCCCUUAGACAUACAUGACAUACUUGCCAAGCUUGUAGACAUAUAGGACCAGACCAGACUGUCAUCUGAUUUGGCAAGCCCUUAGAUAUAUAGGACAAGAAAGACUCAUCAGACUCAGUGGGCCAUUACAGAUAUAAGACAAGAAAGACUGUCAUCAGCCUUGGCGAGCCCUUAGACAUAGGACAAGAAAGACUCAUUGGACUUGGCAAACCCUUAGACAUGUGGGACAAGAAAGACUGUCAUCGGGUUUGGCGAGACCUCAGACAUAUGGGACAAGAAAGUCAGUUAUUUUUAUAACUUGGUUUGUGAGAGUUGUUGAACAUAUAGGACAAGACCAAGAAUAAAUACAGCUUAUUUAA